CACUCUCUACGGGAAGAGGAAAUAAUCUGAAAUACAGUCACAGAGAAAAUUAGGACGGUGGCACUAUGUACCAAAGAGCCGGCCACCCAGGGCACCCUUCUUGGGCUGGUUCAGUGCGUCUGCGGCGGCGACCAGCUGAGGAGCGUGCAGGGUCAGGCUUCUGGGUCAGGAGGACCUUGUCGCGCGGUAGUUGCUCCUUAUUUAUUAUUUCCUUUCCGGAAGAAGCUGGUGUGAUAUUCUUUUCGUUUUUCUGAUGAAAGUGGAUACCUUAGCUGACUGAAAAAGAGACAGAACCCACCGCUCUCCCUUUUCCCUGUGCACCCCUGCCCGCUGAUUUCCCUGCCGAAGACAUGACGAGGCGUGAAACGUUUUUCGCGGCCGUCGCGCUGUUAGUGCUUGCGUCCGGCGCUCUCGCGGACGACGAGCCUGGGUGCCCCAAGAGGGCCACCUGCGCCAUGACCAACGUGCUCGUGAACAUGAACGAACUGCUGCGCGUCCUGACCAGCGAGAUUCAAGACCUGAGGAGCCAGGUGCGCGAUAGCUGCCAGGCGAAGGAGAAAGCUCCUUGGGACUACAGCGAAGAGGAGCCCAUCGCCGACGACGAGGCGGACGAAAUGCUUGAGAAGGUCAACGUCACACUCAGCACAGAGGUGGAGCCAGAUUACGAAGAUGCUGACACGGAGACAGACUACGAAGAGGAGGAGGAAGAGGGAGAGGAGGACGAGGAUGAAGAGGACACAGGAGAUGGCCUCUUCGGGAACGGGACAUAUGUGACCUCUAUCAUCAAUUCCCUCACUAUAUUCGAGCCCCUGCCAGAUGGCGAGACUGUGCCAGAAUCUAACUCUUCAGAUACUACAACAGCCAAGCCAAUGACUACCAAACCUACUAGCACCCCACCUCCUGUUAUUACAACUUCUACGACCCCUACUACUUCUACAACCACUACUAGAGCUACUACAACUACCCUGCCUCCCACAACUACAAAAGAACCAGAUCACAAUAUCCCCCCCAUUCCGACAUCGUGCCCAACCCCCUUCACACUCAUAGCCAAAGGAUGCUACUUGAUUGUGUCUGACACGCGCCACUGGAGCUCAUGGGGAAGGGCACAUGCCUUUUGCCAGCAGUAUAAUGGAGGGCUUGCACAGCCUUAUAGAUUUGGGGCACUGCAGAAGUACCUGUCACGCCAUUACUCUGACACAUUCUGGGUGGGAGUGCACAGGCCGGGAACGAAGUUUCUCUGGCUCAACAACAGGAAAGUUGGGCGUAAGGUGUGGAAGGAAGGGCAACCCUCAAAGCAUCCCAACAAGAACUGUGUUUAUUUGGACAGAUGGUCAGGCUAUCAAGCAACCAACCACUUCUGCGGUGAAAAAUAUCCCUUCAUUUGUGAGGCCAGUGAGAUGCAACUAUGAAGAAAAAAAAAGUAAAUUGUCUGUAAGUAAGAAUACAAGUUAGUCACAGCAGUUCAAAGCUUCAAUUGUAGACUUUCUGGGGGGAGGGGAGCGACAAAUGAAAGGUUUGACAAGCCUAUUCUUUAGAUUUUUUCACAUAAGGAUUUACAGCAGGACAUAUUCAGUCUUUGAGAGUUCAGGAACAGAUAGUGGUCACUGACUUGUUUCUUUCUUCACCAUUAAUAUUUCAUAUAUUUCUUCUGAUUUGCCUCAGAAUUACAUACAGUAUUAAAGCAGUCUAUGUAUAAUGAUAUUCAUAAUAUAUUAAAUCACAAUUUAUGAAAUAA